AUGAGUAUUAGCUUUAUCUAUCUAUCUAUCUAUCUAUCUAUCUAUCUAUCUAUCUAUCUAUCUAUCUAUCUUCAGUCUGUCUAUUUAAAUCUAUCUAUCUAUCUAUCUAUCUAUCUAUCUAUCUAUCUAUCUAUCUAUAUAUAUAUAUAUAUAUAUAUAUAUAUAAUUCUUCUGUUCAUAUCUAUCUAUCUAUCUAUCUAUCUCAUUUUGUCUGUUCAUAACUAUCGAUCUCUUUUAGUCUGUUCAUCUAUCUAUUUUACUCUGUUCAUUGCUAUCUAUUUUAGUCUGUUCAUAUCUAUCUAUCUAUCUAUCUAUCUAUCUAUCUAUCUAUCUAUCUAUGUACGUUCUUUUGUUCCUACGCUUUUUCUUUUUCUUUCUUCUCUGUUACUUAUCCAAAAAGCGCACAUAUGUACACAUCUACGGCGAACACACUUUCACAAGCAGUAUAUUCAUAUAGCCCAUCUCUCUCUCUCUCUCUCUCUCUCUCUCUCGCUCGCUCUAUCUCUCUCUUUCGCUCUAAGGGAUGAUGUUUCGAUGGGAGCUUCCUGCAGUUUGAAAGAGAGUCUGCCUGCAAGUGUAUGGACAGAUGAUGACUUCGCUGCAAGAUUCGGCAAACCAGUUCCUCGGAAGCGGACGAUAGUACGAUGGGAACAUAACACAGGAUCAGUUAAGGACAAACCGGGGACAGGACGAUACUCAACGCAAAGGAACAAAGGUGCAGAGCCGGAGGCAUCUGCGUUACGAUCACCCAAGAAUUAG